AGUGACCGGAUACAAUGGUAUGCACACAGCAAUGCAUAACAAAAUAACAAAAUUUGAACAAAAUCCGUCGAACCGUUACCUAGGAAAACGGCCAACCGGGCCAACGCACAAUGUACAUAGACAAGUACUUACGUACAUACAGACGGAAAAUUUUAUUCUUUCAAAUUUGCUUAAAAUGAUCUAAAAUGUCAACAUUUGAUGAAAUCACAAACGGCGAUCGCAAUUAUACCCACCUAGCUCAAGCGAGUCAUGCAAAAAAUUUUAAUUGCCCAUUGACGGAAUGAGUACCAGACUUUAAAUUAGCAGGACAAAUUAGCACAAAAUGAGACCAAAUUAAUGCAAUGAACAAUUUUGAAAAUACCAAUGUUGACACUACAGCGCGCAGUUGUGAGGUGAGUGUCAUCAGAAAAAAAUGAAUUACCUACUCAUUAACGUGAUGAGCACAAAAUUUUUAAUUAGCAGCACAAAAUUAUAUGAGAUACUUGGAAUUUAAUUCCUUUCGAGUCGACCCUCCAACUAUACGGACCCGGAAAAUCUGCUCGGCGAUAAUGUCAAACUUUGGGGCCCACUAUACUCAGUCGAGCAACGCCCUAAUAUUUUGACGGUUGAAGAGACACCUUUAGGAAUUACUGAGCUAACCAUGAGUAAAUUAAAAAAUCAUUGUCAUAUUCAAAUUGUUUGCCAGUGCAGUAGAGAUUCAAUUUUAAUACCUACAUGCAAGUGGGGUUUGCAACCCUUCUAAAUGUAUCCAAGACCGUCACAUCAGAUGUGGCUGUAAAUAAAAUGGAAGUUAAUGAAGCAUGAUUGAAUGGAAAGUACCGUUAAUGUUGACGUCUAGUCAUAAUUAGCACUUGCAUAUUUAACAAUGCAAUCAAAAUAUUAAUUAUUAGUAACGCCGACCUUAAUUAAACAAUUAAAAAAUACGGUAUUGCAGAUUUGUACAUUCUGCUUUUUACCAUGCAAGUUAAACGUUUCACCAUAGAAAAGAGGCUUCUCCAAUAUAGCGCUGCUAUCACUGGUUUGUUGGUGCCUCUCUGUAACGGGUUACACUUUGGAUGGACUUCGCCGUAUCUGCCGGUACUCCUCGGUGAAGAUUCCCCAAUUCCGAUGACUGCGGAUGAAUCAUCUUGGGUGGGUAACAUGUUCCUUCUGGGUGGUUUGAGUGGCUGCCUUUUGCUGAGUAUUGUGGGACGGCUAAUUGGAAGAAAAUCGAUUGUGUUAUGGUCAAGCGUGCCAUUUUUUGCGUCAUGGCUACUAAUCGCGUUUGCAACUUCGUUACCACAGCUCUUAAUUGGUCGGUACAUAGGAGGCAUCGGCGCGGGAGUGGCGAUUCCAACCCUCCCGAUUUACAUCAGUGAAAUAUCCGAUAAAGAAAUACGAGGGAUGUUGUGCUCUGCAGUGUCGGUCGUCUUCUUCUUGGGCAUUAUGCUGAUAAAUGUGAUUGGAGCGUAUGUGACUAUCAAAAUGGCGUCGUUAGUCUGCCUGCCCGUACCCAUACUUCUGUUCGUCCUCUUUUUCUGGAUGCCUGAGUCGCCGAACUAUCUACUGAUGAAAGGCAAACAUGAUGAAGCGAGACAAAACUUUGUUGCACUGAAAGGAUCUGAAGACGCCAACCACAAGUUAGACGUGGUUGCGAAAGCUAUUCAGGAAGAAAGUUUAAACAAAACCAACUUCAUCUCAAUAUUAAAAAGAAACAACCACAGGAAACUGCUGACGUUAGUGGGUCUACGUGCUACUCAACAAUUUAGUGGAGUUACUGCUUUUAAUUUCUACGCGCUAACGGUUUUUGCGGAAGGGAGCACCUUCUCAUCGCCGUUAUUCGGAGUGCUCAUCUUUUACGCGGUCGAAAUUGUGUUCUCCGUACUGAGCUCGCUCCUGGUGGAUAAAUUGGGGAGGAAACCUUUACUCAUAUCCUCUUCAAUUGGUGCAAUUUGUGCUUUGCUUGGCGGAGGAUCGUUCUUCUAUCUCCGAGACGUGACAAAAGUCGACACUUCCAACGUGUCAUUUUUACCAACGUUCAUUUUGAUUACCUUCACCUUCAGCUACAGUUUAGGCUUACAGGCGAUACCUAGCUUUAUGGCCGCCGAACUGUUCUCAACGAACCUGAAACCCUACGCCGGCACGUUGGGGCAAACGCUUUUCUACGUGUUCGGAAUAAUGUCGACGAAAUACUUUCAGUUUACCAAAGAUUACUACGGAUUUUUCGUUCCAUUUUGGAGUUUCGCCGUCUGCUGUACCAUCGGAUUGGUUGUUCUCGUUAUAUUUAUGCCUGAAACUAAAAACAAGACUUUGGAGGAUAUUCAAAUAGAGCUAAACCGUUAACCUAAGCCUAGAGUUUCCCACUCUUUGUCGGUCGGCGACAGUACCUUUUAGAAAAAUAUGGAAAAACAGUACCCUACCACAGUAAAAUUCUGAAGUGGUGUAGGUAUGAGGAACACUUUUGUAUUACUUUUGUGAUAUUUACUACUGUGGG